CCGCCCCUCCUCGCCCACAAUGAAACAGGGAGAGUCUUGGCCAAGAAGAGCUAAAUGUAUGAAGAUUUAUUUAGGACUAUUCUCUCGAAUCUGAGAAGGAAACCGGAAUAAAUCACAAUCACAUCGAAAUACGGAUCGUUUUUAUUCUCGACCCUCGUCACGCACUCUUUUGGAGUGAACAGAACUUGUUAUUUUUUUGCGAAGGCGGAUAGUUUUACUGUCGUUAAAGCGACCGUAAUGCGGCUCAGCGGCUAAUCCCUGCUUUUCAUUUAAACUAAUUGGUUUCAACACGUUUCUUUUCAACAGCGCUGGGUUGAAGAUAUAAACAUUUCCAAGGAUGACUGAGUACAAGUUGGUGGUGGUAGGAGCAGGAGGCGUUGGGAAAAGUGCACUCACUAUCCAGCUCAUUCAGAACCACUUUGUGGACGAAUAUGACCCCACCAUUGAGGACUCGUACAGGAAGCAAGUGGUGAUCGAUGGCGAGACGUGUCUCCUGGACAUCCUGGACACUGCAGGUCAGGAGGAGUACAGCGCCAUGAGGGAUCAGUACAUGAGGACCGGCGAGGGCUUUCUCUGCGUGUUUGCCAUCAAUAAUAUAAAGUCUUUCGAGGAUGUGCAUCUCUACAGGGAGCAGAUAAACCGGGUGAAGGACAGUGACAAUGUUCCGAUGGUGUUGGUGGGGAACAAAUGCGAUCUUGGCACCCGCUCAGUGGAGACCCGUCAAGCACAAGAUCUGGCCCGGGGCUACGGCAUCCCGUUCGUCGAGACGUCCGCCAAAACACGACAGGGUGUGGAGGAAGCUUUCUACUCUCUGGUUCGGGAGAUCAGGAGAUACAAGGAGACGAACCGCAGCAACAAGAAGAGCAAGAAACACCCACAGAGACGUUGCACUCUUUUAUAGCAAUACUUCUGCCCACUCUUGCACUACAUUCCUGAAAUAGCACUGCACACAUACAUACACACACACACACACACCUGCACACUCUGCUGUAGCAUCUAAACUCUUCUCCUUCCACUUAGAACCAAUCCAGAGCAAGGUCCCAAGCAGGAAGCUCAGAAACAGUGCCAUGGCUGCUAUAUGCUGUUCUUUUAUUUUUUUAGUUUGAAGUGGGUGUAUAUGGCUCGCCAAACGCAGAGCUUCCUACUUAGGGCUUUACGUAUUACCAAGCUUCAUGUGUCAUUGGACUUGUUUGGAUAACUUUUAUCCCGCCUCAUGCUCCAAUUAUGGCCAAUUGGAUUAUGAUUAUGGCUUCUUCUUUUUUUUUUUGGACUUUUUGUAGCAUUUAUGUACUCCAAAAUCUUAAACUUUAACACCAUAACCCUCAGUACAAAUGUUUAAUGUUCUCAAAGCAAACUCGUGCACCCGACCUGUAACCACUAUGAAUUCAGGCUUGAAAGGUUGCUAUGCAGUGACCAGUCUCUCUCCCCCCCUCUCUCUCCCCCCUCUCUCUCCCCCUCUCUUCCAACCCUCCACCAGCACCACUAUGGGGGUCAAGUUCAAGCUGCUCGCUUUUAUUAUCUCCACUGAAACCUGUGUUUCUACACCUCUGCCGUCUCUGCCUCGUUCCCGGCUCUUCUAUACCGCGAGCAAGGCUAGAGAGAUGAUUGUAUUGUAUUCUUUCACUUUCCUUAUUAAAGAAGGAAAUGAUGCAGGAUACAUAAAUUUUUUAAAAUCAGGCCCACAUCUGGGUCUGAACACCUCGGAUACAUUCCUGUUGUCAUAGCGAUGAGACAGCCUUAGGAGUUUAAUGGAAUUUUUAUUAAUAAAAAGGAUUUUGGCUAA